GAAACUCUUGCUGCAGGAUGCUGCAGGAAUCAAAGUCCCUCCCCUUGAUUUUAUGACUUGUGAGAGAGUGAGUUGGUGAGAGCGAGAGAGUAGAGGACGUAGAAGAGUGGUGAUGCAGGGUAUCCAGUCCUGUCCAGAGCUUGAAUGACAUUCUGAGGUUCAGUUCUUCACCAUGCCACCAUGAACAUAAGCUCCACUCACUGUGAAAAUGGCACAAAUAGGAAAUUCCUCCAGUCAGCACAUGGAUAUGGUGUACAUCUCCAUUGAGACCACUAUUGCUCUGGCCUCUGUGGUGGGGAAUGUACUGGUGGUGCUGGUGGUGUAUGAAAACCGGGCUCUCCGCAACGCAACCUUCUGCUUCAUUGUGUCUCUGGCCAUGGCUGACAUCGCUGUGGGACUUUUGGUCAUCCCUCUAGCUAUCGUUAUCAGUGUGGGAUAUUACACUCAGUUCUACACAUGCCUCUUCCUGUCUUGCCUGAUUCUGAUGAUCACCCAGAGCUCCAUCUUUUCCCUACUGGCAAUAGCCAUCGACAGAUAUCUGCGAGUCAAAAUUCCUACCAGGUACAGCAUCAUAGUGACUAAUGGGCGAGCGUUCGUGGCAAUUUGUCUCUCUUGGAUUCUUUCCUUCCUCACUGGAUUGGUUCCGAUGAUUGGCUGGAAUAACCGGGAUACCGCAAACCGCAGCAACGCCAGUGAAAUAUGCUGCCAGUUCACCGCUGUUAUAAGGAUGGACUAUAUGGUGUACUUUAAUUUCUUUGUCUGUGUGGCACCACCACUGCUGAUAAUGAUCACUCUGUAUGUGGAGAUCUUUAGGGUCAUACGGAAGCAACUUAACCGCCGUGCUGAGGCCACCUGUGAUGGAGACAAGUACUUCCGGAAGGAGCUGAAACUAGCCAAAUCGUUGGCCUUGGUGGUGUUUCUCUUUGCUUUGUGCUGGCUCCCAAUACAUAUCAUGAACUGCGUGACUUUAUUUUGCCCAAAUUGUAUCAAUCCGAUAGCCUCAAAGGUAGGGAUUUUCAUGUCCCAUGUAAACUCGGCUCUUAACCCGCUGGUUUAUGCAUUCAAGAUGAAGCAUUUCCGUGCCACACUCAUCCAAAUCAUUCGCCGCUGCAUGUUAUGUAAACCCUUAGAAGCGACCGCAUACCCUACAAGCACAGUAGUCCUAAAUUAGAGAGUGAAUUUAAGUGUAAAAAAAGGACUGCGAUAUUUCUGUUCUUGGUUUCCAGUGAUGGUGUAUCAACAAUACUAAUGGGAUUACAUGAUAUAUGGAACUGAUAAGGAAAAUAAACCCAUUAGCUGGAAUAACACAGCACUUCACUGAGUCUUGGGAAACACCCAUAUCUUAACCAUUUACAUUUCUGUGAGUUUCAUUAGAAUAAACCAAGGUUGCAGUGAGAAAAACUGAAAGAAAAUUA